GGGAGGCAGCUGCAGUGCCGCGAGGGGUGCGUGCGCGUGUGCCAAGCUCGCCCGCCGCCUCCCGGCUCAGUCUGCGCUCCUCCGCGUGUGGGGCAGCGGGGCCGGAGGACCAGGAGGAUCAGGAGCAGGAGCGGCGCCCCUCGCUGGGGCCUCUUCUCCCCAAGGCGCUCGGCAGUUCCCGGGGGCCGGGGCGCGCCGGGCGGGGCGCACGACCCGGGCCGCGCUCGCAGCCCCCGCCCCUGCCACCCAGUCCGGCCCCCUCUCGGUUGAGUUUUCCGGAGCGGGCGCCCAUCCCCGGUCCUGCUCGGGAUGCACAAGCAGCUCGCGGCCGGAGGGGGGUAGCAGCCGCCGCCUCCAGGUGCGGUCUCUCCCGGGCCGCCGCCGCCACCCGCCAUCGCCGCCACUCGAGCCCCGGGGCGCGCUGAGGUCCCGGCCGGCCAUGGGGCUGCCCGGGCUGCCGUUACUGGCCUGAGAAGGGGCGACGGAGACGCCGCGCUCGGGGCCCCCUGCCGCCUGCAUGGAUGUCUUCAGCUUUGUGAAGAUUGCAAAGCUCUCGAGCCACAGGACAAAGUCUUCAGGCUGGCCGCCUCCCUCCGGAACCUGGGGUUUGAACCAGGUCCCUCCCUAUGGAUGGGAGAUGAUGGCAAACCGGGAUGGCCGAGACUGCUUCAUCAAUCACGUGACGCAGGCAAUCCCUUAUGAUGACCCUCGGUUCGAGAGUUGCCAAAUCAUCCCUCCAGCUCCGCGGAAGGUGGAGAUGAGGAGGGACCCUGUGCUGGGAUUUGGUUUCGUGGCAGGAAGUGAGAAACCAGUGGUCUUUCGGUCAGUAACCCCAGGUGGCCCCUCCGAAGGCAAGCUGAUUCCGGGAGAUCAGAUUGUGAUGAUAAACGAUGAGCCCGUCAGCGCGGCACCACGGGAGCGCGUCAUCGACCUGGUCAGAAGCUGCAAAGAAUCGAUCCUCCUCACUGUCAUUCAGCCUUACCCGUCUCCUAAAUCAGCAUUUAUUAGUGCUGCAAAAAAGGCAAGAUUAAAGUCAAAUCCAGUCAAAGUGCGCUUCUCUGAGGAGGUCAUCAUCAAUGGCCAAGUGUCGGAAACUGUUAAGGAUAAUUCACUUCUUUUUAUGCCAAAUGUUUUGAAAGUCUAUCUGGAAAAUGGGCAGACCAAGUCAUUUCGUUUUGACUGCAGCACCUCCAUAAAGGACGUCAUCUUAACCCUUCAAGAGAAGCUCUCCAUCAAAGGCAUCGAACACUUCUCCCUCAUGCUGGAGCAGCGGACAGAAGGAGCCGGGACCAAGCUUCUCUUGCUUCAUGAACAGGAGACUCUCACUCAGGUGACCCAGAGGCCCAGCUCCCAUAAGAUGAGGUGUCUUUUCCGCAUCAGCUUUGUCCCAAAGGAUCCAAUUGACCUUUUAAGGAGAGAUCCGGUUGCUUUCGAGUAUCUCUACGUUCAGAGCUGUAACGAUGUCGUUCAGGAGCGGUUCGGGCCGGAGCUGAAAUACGACAUAGCCCUGCGGCUGGCGGCCUUGCAGAUGUACAUCGCCACUGUCACCACCAAGCAGACGCAGAAAAUCUCCCUCAAGUACAUCGAGAAAGAAUGGGGAUUAGAGACUUUUCUUCCCUCUGCUGUGCUGCAAAGCAUGAAAGAGAAGAACAUAAAGAAAGCACUUUCACACCUUGUCAAAGCAAAUCAAAACUUGGUACCACCCGGUAAAAAGCUCUCUGCACUGCAAGCCAAGGUCCAUUAUCUCAAGUUCCUCAGUGACCUUCGAUUGUACGGGGGCCGUGUGUUCAAGGCAACAUUAGUGCAGGCCGAAAAGCGCUCGGAGGUGACGCUCCUGGUCGGGCCCCGCUACGGCAUCAGCCACGUCAUAAACACCAAAACCAACCUGGUGGCUCUCCUCGCCGACUUCAGCCACGUCAACAGGAUUGAAAUGUUCACGGAAGAGGAGAGCUUGGUCAGGGUGGAGCUGCACGUGCUGGAUGUGAAGCCCAUCACGCUCCUGAUGGAGUCCUCAGAUGCCAUGAACCUGGCCUGCUUAACAGCUGGAUACUACAGGCUGCUUGUGGAUUCCAGAAGGUCGAUAUUUAACAUGGCCAACAAGAAAAAUCCAGGCACCCAGGAAACAGGAGCUGAAAAUAAAGGCAAGCAUAACCUCCUUGGCUCAGAUUGGAACUGCAUACCCCAAAUGACCACCUUUAUCGGCGAAGGGGAGCAGGAAGCCCAGAUCACAUACAUAGAUUCAAAACAGAAGACACUGGAGAUGACAGAUGGCACCUUGUGCCCCCAAGACCACCGGCGCCUGUACUUAGACAACACCUACAAUGCCGACAGCCUCAGCCAGCCCGGGGCCCCGCCGGGAGACGCUCAGUGCGAGGCCGACUACAGAGGCCUAGCUCAGCACUCCCUGCUGACCCUCUCAGGACCAGAAACGCUGAAGAAAGCACAGGAGUCUCCGAGAGGAGCUAAAGUGUCCUUCAUUUUUGGAGAUCUCGCCUUGGACGAUGGCAUGCACACCCCGACUCUGGGCUAUGAGAGACUGUUGGAGGAGAGUCCGGAGCUGCUGGAGAAGCAGAGGAGCCUCUACAUCGGCAGUGCCAAUGACAUGAAGGGGCUGGAGCUCGCGCCCGACGCGGAGGGCAUCCAGUUUGUGGCCAAUUCUGUCUACGCCAACAUAGGCGACGUCAAGAACUUUGAGGCGGCCGGGGGCCUGGAGGAACCCCUGCUGCGUGACAUUUGUUAUGCAGAAAACACUGAUGACGCCGAGGAUGAGGACGAGGUGAGCUGUGAGGAGGACCUCGUGGUGGGGGAGAUGAACCCACCCGCCAUCCUCAACCUGUCUGGGUCCAGCGAUGACAUCAUUGACCUCACAUCCCUGCCCCCUCCAGAAGGGGAUGACCAUGAGGAUGACUUCCUGUUGCGCUCCUUGAACAUGGCCAUUGCUGCCCCCCCACCUGGCUUCAGAGACAGCUCAGACGAGGAGGACUCUCAGAGCCAGGCAGCCGCCUGCCGCGAGGACAAGGAGCCAGGCAGCAGCCCGCACGACGACAUCCCGGUGUCCCUCAUUGACGCCGUGCCCACCAGCGCCGAGGGCAAGUGUGAGACGGGCCUGGACGCCGCUGGCACCGCCACGCUGGAUGCUCUAGAAGCCCUGUCCGUGUCCGAAGAGCAGCAGACCAGUGACAGUUCAGGUGUAGCCAUCUUGCGGGCUUAUAGUCCCGAGUCUUCAUCAGACUCAGGCAAUGAAACUAACUCUUCUGAAAUGACUGAGAGUUCAGAGCUGGCCACAGCACAGAAGCAGUCAGAAAACCUCUCCCGCAUGUUCUUGGCCUCUCACGAAGGCUACCACCCCCUGGCAGAAGAGCUGACCGAGUUCCCCACCUCCCAGCCCCCCGCGGGGGGCUUGCCUCCAAAGUCCUCCCACGCCCUGGCUGCCCGCCCGCUGACGGACCUCCCGCCCAAAGUCGUGCCUUCCAAGCAGAUGCUUCACUCGGAACACAUGGAAAUGGAGCCUGAGACGAUGGAGACCAAGUCGGUCACUGACUACUUUAGCAAAUUGCACAUGGGCUCGGUGGCCUAUUCCUGCACCAGCAAGAGGAAAAGCAAGUUGGCUGAUGGGGAAGGGAAAGCGCCCCCUAGUGGGAACUUACCCGGGAAAAGCCAGCAGGGGAGCAAAACGGCCGAGGCCGCGGAGGAUGCCAAAGGGAAGUGUGGUUCCGCGGCCUCCAGGGACAGUCAACACCUCGGCACUUUUAACCUGGAGAGAACUGCCUUUCGCAAGGACAGCCAAAGAUGGUAUGUGGCCACCGAGGGGGGGGUGGCUGAGAAGAGUGGACUGGAAGCAGCCACGGGGAUGACCUUUCCCAGAGUGUCUGGUCUUGGGACAAGAGAGGCUGAAGGGAAGGAGGAAGGGGCCCCGGACGGCGAAGCCAGCGAGGUUUCAGGACUCGGCCAACGAGACCACUUCUUAACCGACGUGACCGGCGUCCCUUCAGCCAAAGAUAUAGAGAACACCGAGGACGCCGGCCCGUCGGCCUGUGACCAUCCGUCCAAGCUCCCCGAGGCGGAGGAGAGCAUGGCCCGCCUCUGUGACUACCACCUGGCCAAGCGCAUGUCGUCGUUACAGAGCGAGGGCCACUUCUCUCUGCAGAGCUCUCAAGGCUCCUCUGUGGACGCCGGCUGUGGCACAGGCAGCAGCAGCAGCACCUGCCCCACACCUGUGGAGUCCCCGCUCUGCCCCUCCAUGGGGAAGCACCUGAUUCCUGAGACUUCUGGGAAAGGCGUGAGUUAUAUUCCUUCCGAGGAGCGAGCCCCCGGAGCCCCCUUCAAGGAAUUACACCCCCAGACCGAAGGGAUGUGUCCGAGGAUGACAGUGCCUGCUCUGCACACAGCCAUUAAUACUGAACCCCUGUUUGGCACUUUGAGAGACGGAUGUCAUCGACUCCCCAAGAUUAAGGAAACCACAGUGUAGCUUUGACAGAGCCUGGGAAGGAGAGACAAGGAGGCAUGCCUUCAGCUUGGUCUCAACAUCCUGAAGCUGAUCCCAUCCUGCUACCAUCAAACAUUAACUUGGAAUCAAAGGUGCCAAUUCCAAAUCAAGACCCUAAUGAUUUCUCCCAAGCAAACAAGGCAUACGGAGAGACUAUGAGUUGGUGGCCACUGGAUUUGAGAAGAGGGAGUCUCAGGACACCCCCCAGCCAGAGGUCUCUGAGAUGUAGUAGCAGUAUCCUCUCUGGAUCUACAGGUUUGGAGACCUUCCAAGAGAGAACCAAGGGUGCGAUCACCUUAAAGUGUCCAGGUGUCACAGAAGCACAGGAGGUCAGUUCGGAAAGACGAGCAGAACUCCCCCUGGGGAAGAAACUCACCAAAAGUUUUUCCCAAAGCUCCAUGCACUUUAGCUCUGAGGGAAAGGUUCAGAAAAGGUCCCCAGUAGCUCAAAAAGACUCGAAGCUGUACAGGACACUACCCUUGCGGAAGUUGGAGGGCAGCAAUUGGAGAUGCCGGGGACCUUUCAGCUACUGCUUUCUGAACCGAGGGCAAGAUGAAGAUGGCGAUGAGGAUGAAGAGGGGGGAGAGGCCACCCGCCAGGUCUCGUGCCUCUAUAGACCACCGAUGACUCAAGCCAUGCCAGAACCAACCAGUCCACCCCUGGCUAUCGGGAUUCAGAAGCAAGGAGGGGAGCUGUCCAAAGGUUCAGUGCUGAAGGCCUGGGUGGAAGACCUGAGCGGCCCGGAUGACAUGGACUUCAGCAACCUGCCUUUUGAUGCUCGGAUCGCACGAAUAAAUGCCCUGAAGGAGAGCACAUAUGUAAUGCCUGAUGGGUUCCUCACAGCCCAAAAUGAUGCCAAUGAGCUGCUCUGCCUUGUCAGGGCAACCAAGGGGAAGAGAGAAGAGUCGUGCGCUGAAGCAUAUGACCUUACACUUUCUCAGUACAAGCAACUAUUAUCCAUCGAGUCCAGACAGUUGGGAAGUGCCUGUAGGAAGAUGGCAAUGGCUGAGAAAAGCCCAGAGGAGAUGCUCCUAGCUAUGACUUUCAGCUUUCAAGUGCUCUGUUGUCUAACAGAAGCUUGCAUGCGAUUAGUUAAAGUCGUGAACUCAGAAACACAGCGGCAGGAAAUCGUAGUGAAGAUCGAUGAAGUGGUCAUAAACUACAUUUGUCUCCUGAAAGCUGCCGAGGCAGCCACUGGAAAAACCACUGGGGAUCCCAAUGUUGGACUCUCGAUGCGACAUUCAACCACCAUGGCCGCUCUCGUAAGCACACUAACACGUUCUCUCAAAAUGCUUUUAAAUAAAUAAAGUACGAAAGUCACGUCAUAAUCUACCUUUGCAAAGCCAUACAUGAACUUUUAUUUACUUUAUGUGUACGAUGAACAGAUGUCUCCUUUCUUCUCUCUGUAUAUUUUGUUAUUUUAUAUAAGAUAGGAGAUAAAAGUCACAUUGAAAUGUUGAAAUGUACUAAUUAGAUGUAUUCUGUUUAUAUUAUGCAUAUAUACAUGUAAAAGAAAUAGACAAGAAAGUGAUGGCAUUUGGCUAUUUUUCAUAUAGUCAAAACUCCAGAUAUAUGAUGUGAAAUUUGAUAUUCUACUGUGGUAGAGCAAAACAAUGAAUCCUAUCCCCUCUCCCUCCAAGCAGAUACUUGGAGACUAAAUUAUUCAUAUUUAGAAGUAAAAAAGAAAAAAAAAAGAAAUCACAAUGUAUAUAAAACAGUACUUAUGUUUUAAAAUUAUGAUUUUUAAGCAUUGGAAAUAGCAAAAAGACAUUUAAAAAUCAAGAUGCUAUUAUGAAUUAUUAGAGAAUAUAUAUAAUAAAUUAAUUUUUGCUCAU